CUCGCCGGGUGCACAACCGUUUGGCGUCAGUUUAGUCGCAUACUUCGCUGGUUGAAGAUCGAUUCCGGUGUGCCUUAAUUUCCGAAAAAAAGGAUUUCUGUGGUGCCGUACUACUAUUGUUUCAGUGUUUGACUAAGUCGUUUCUUAAAGCUAACAUGGAUUUCUACUAUCUGCCAGGAUCAGCACCGUGCCGCUCCGUUCAAAUGACGGCUGAGGCCGUUGGAGUGAAAUUGAACCUGAAGCUUCUUAAUUUGAUGGCUGGGGAGCAUAUGAAGCCCGAAUUUCUUAAGAUCAAUCCGCAGCACUGCAUUCCCACCCUGGUGGACAAUGGUUUUUCGCUGUGGGAAUCCCGUGCGAUCAUGGGUUAUCUGGUGGAGAAGUACGGCAAGAACGAUUCGCUCUACCCGAAGGAUCCGAAGAAGCGGGCCGUAGUCAACCAGCGGUUGUACUUCGAUCACGGCACUCUGUACCAACGUUUUGGAGACUACUUCUACCCGCAGCUGUUUGCCAAGCAGGCUCCGGAUGCGGAGAAGGAAAAGAAAAUGCUGGAGGGGCUCGAAUUUUUGGACAAGUUCCUGGAGGGUGCCAAGUACGUUGCGGGUGAUUCUCUGACGAUCGCCGAUCUCAGUAUCCUGGCUACCGUAUCAUCGUACGAGGCCGCCAAGGUUGAUCUGAGCAAAUAUUCCAAUGUGUCCAGUUGGUACGAACGACUCAGAAAGGAUGCUCCCGGUACGGAGAUCAACAAGGCCGGCCUGGUGGAGUUUAAGAAAUAUUUCGAGAAAGCCUGAAGUUACACUGUUGCUAACUACUAAAAGCUACGUUUGUUUAUGCAUGGUUUUCUUUUAUCCAAUAAACCUUUGAAUUUUUGUUGUGUUGAAAAUGUUGAA